AGUCAAACUAGUGACAAAUGGCUCGUACCAAGCAGACCGCUCGUAAAUCCACCGGAGGAAAGGCUCGGAAGCAGCUGGCCACUAAGGCCGCCAGGAAAAGCGCGCCAUCCACCGGUGGAGUCAAAAAGCCUCAUAGAUACAGGCCCGGCACCGUUGCCCUGCGUGAGAUCCGUCGGUACCAGAAGUCCACCGAACUGCUUAUCAGGAAGCUUCCGUUCCAGCGUCUGGUCAGGGAAAUUGCGCAAGAUUUCAAGACGGAUCUGCGAUUCCAGAGUGCAGCAAUUGGAGCCCUGCAGGAGGCCAGUGAGGCUUACUUGGUUGGUCUAUUUGAGGACACCAACCUGUGUGCCAUCCAUGCCAAGAGGGUGACUAUCAUGCCCAAGGACAUCCAACUGGCAAGGCGAAUUAGGGGAGAACGUGCUUAACUUUUUGUAUAUAAUUAGGGGGGGUAGUUUGACUGGUUUUGUAAAUUAUGAAUUAUCGGAAUGUGCAGCUUUGUGUCACAUUUGUAUCUUUUUACAUUCACAAUAAUCGCCCUUUGUGUUCAUCUCUAAACUCAUUUCUCUCAGCCUUUCUCAGGGCAAUUAGCUUGUGACAUUUUUGUCAUCCUAUGUGUGCAUGUCAUGGAAUUUCUUCCUGUAAAUAAACUUUCCACUACCUCAA